AUGGAAACUACCGCUCAGUUUUCUAUUCCCCCAGGGCUAACUGAUCUACUCGAGGAAUUUGUCGUCAAGUGCAUUCAGGAGAAUCCAAGCGAUUUAGUCGAGUUCGCCGCUGAUUACUUCGACAUGCUGCGCCUUGGAAGAAAGAAGAAAGAAAGCAAAGCCGGAAAAGAAUCGGCCGCAUCAAAACCCGAAAAAAAAGAAACUGUAGAGGAUAAGGAAGAAGUGCAAGAGCCGCCGAAGAUCCCUGCUCGUGGAAGACGCAGAGCCGUCGCAGCUGAAGCGUACAACCCUAAUGAAAACGACACGGAGGUGAAAUGUGUAGUUCACCCAAAAACAGAUGAACAAUUACAGCGCUUGAAAAAAUCGGUCGAGAACAUUUUGCUUUUCAAGUCGUGCGACCGAGACCAGCUUAAAGAAAUUCUAAACGCUAUGUUCGAGCGAAAGGUGAGCCCCGAAGACGAAAUUAUUCGGCAAGGAGCCGAUGGAGACAAUUUCUAUGUAAUUGAUAAUGGCGUCUUUGAUGUUUUUAUAGAGAAGGACGGCAAAGAACUGAAGGUUCAUACUUUUAAAGAUGAGGGCAGCUUUGGCGAGCUUGCGCUCAUGUACAACUGCCCCAGAAAUGCUACCAUUAUAGCUAAAUCUGAAGGAAGCAUUUGGGCUCUCGAUCAAUCCACCUUUCGGCGAAUAGUCGUUGGAGCUGCAGCUAGAAGGCGACAAAUGUACGAGGCCCUUCUCGAGAACGUCCCCAUGUUAAAGGAAUUACAGGCUUACGAGAGAAUGAAUUUGGCCGACGCUUUGGAAACAAAAAUCUUUGACGAUGGCCAGUGUAUCAUUCGACAGAAUGACGAGGCAGAUUGUAUGUAUUUUAUCGAGGCCGGCACGGUUCGCGUCACGGUAUCAGAUAAAGAAAUCUCUCGCCUGACAAAAGGAGCUUACUUCGGAGAGGUCGCGCUGGUGACGAAGAAUCCGCGAUCCGCCUCGGUUUUCGCAGAGGGAGAAGCAAAGUGCGCGGUUUUGAAUGUAGAUGCGUUUGAGAGGCUUCUAGGACCGUGUAUGGACAUCAUGAAACGAAACAUUACACACUACGAGGAACAACGCAAAGCUUUAGGCUUAGAAUAA